GAAACUCAUCAGUUACAAAAUGUCAUCAGUCAAACGCUUGGUUUAUGCAGUCAUCCAUUUCUUGAGAGAGCAGAGUCAGAUGGAUACUUUCACUCCAGAUGAACAGGAAAGCUUGGAAGUUGCCAUUCAAUGUCUGGAGACUGUGUUUAAGAUUAACCUGGAAGAUACUCAUCUUGCACCUCCACAGCAUUUGAUAGAAAUGUUCACAAAUUCUUUUCACAAGAAUGACAUGCUGCCUCUCUCGGAUUCUUUACCAGAGGAUGUUGAAAAGGCUGACCAACUGAAGGAUGAAGGUAAUAAUCAUAUGAAAGAAGAAAACUAUGGUGCUGCAGUGGAUUGUUACACUAGGGCUAUAAAACUGGAUCCAAACAAUGCAGUCUAUUACUGCAACAGGGCUGCUGCACAAAGUAAGCUCAACAAAUACAGUGAAGCAAUAAAGGAUUGUGAGAGAGCCAUAGCAAUAGAUCCAAAGUACAGCAAAGCAUAUGGGAGAAUGGGGUUGGCUCUGACCUCAGUGAAUAAAUAUGAAGAAGCAGUUACCAGUUACCAAAAAGCACUGGAUCUUGAUCCAGAGAAUGACUCUUAUAAGUCAAAUUUGAAAAUAGCAGAACAGAAACUAAGAGACAUGUCCAGUCCUACUGGAACUGGACUGAGUUUUGACAUGGCAAGCUUGAUAAACAAUCCUGCCUUCAUUAGUAUGGCAGCAAGCUUAAUGCAGAAUCCUCAAGUUCAACAAUUGAUGUCGGGGAUGAUGUCAAACGCCAUUGGUGGCCCUGCUGCUGGUGUUGGUGGCCUGUCGGAUUUGUCCAGCCUGAUCCAUGCGGGGCAGCAGUUUGCACAACAGAUACAGCAGCAGAAUCCAGAGCUUAUAGAGCAACUGAGAAAUCAUGUCCGGAGCAGGUCUUUCAGUGGCAGCACUGAAGAGCAUUCCUGACUUAAAGGAGGCAUGUGAACUGGAAUGGUAUAUAACCCCAAAAUGCAUACCAUAGUUAGUAGCAAAAGCACCAUUGUAACUCUUCUGCUUGAAUAGAAGACAGAAAAUUCUUUGUGCGUGUUUGCAAACAAGAAUAAAUCUGUUAAACAGAUCUAUUGCACAUAACUUGGAACAUAUCAUUUAUGUAUAGUUACUCCUCUGAAAAUUAAUACACUAAAUAGGUGGUUUAUUAAAAUCCCUCAGUACAAGUCAUUUUCAGUAUGUGCAUUAGAUUGAUCUCCAGGGCUAUUGAGUAGGGAGUUUUGUAGUGGGCUGAUCUUGCAUAACAGCUUAAUUCUAAAAUCCUAGUGUGAAAGGCAGGUUAUUCUUAUGGUGAAAGUCAUUAUGGCUGUACUCCUUGUCAAAUAUUGAAAGAAUAGGCCUAUCUGAUGUGCCCUUUUAUAAUGAGCAUAAAUUGGUGUUGGAGUAUAGAGUGAACUUAAAACUAAUGCUUGCAAAGCCUGUUUCUUUAAGCCUG